AUGCAACUUUUUCCUUAUGGAGUCGUUUUUUUUUCUUCUAUUAGUGGAUACAACUGUCAGCCCGUCGUUGUGUCCCCACAAUCGUCGAACCGUCGGUCGCGCUGCCCUCGUUGCGUGCACCGAUCUCUGUCUGUCUCUCUCUCUCUCUCUCUCUCUCUCUCUCUCUAUCUAUCUAUCUAUCUAUCUAUCUAUCUAUCUCUCUUUCUUUCUCUCUCUCUCUCUCUCUCUCUCUCUCUCUCUCUUCCUUUUCUUUCUCGUUCAUUUAUUCACUUUCUCUUUUUACACUUCCUACGUCCUUUCCUCUCUAUCCAAUUUUCUAUUCUGUUCAACUUUCUCCCACCCGCUUUCUUUCUCUCUCCCCCUUCGUUGCUCCCACACUUAACCCUUCACGUUCUUUCUCACCUCUAUCUUUUACCCCACAAUUCUAUCUGUCUUCCUUUCUUCCCUCCUUUCUUCCUUCCUUCCCUCCCUCCUUCCUUCCCUCCUUCCUUCUUUCCUUCCCUCCCUCCUUCCUUUCUUCCUUCCUUCCUUUCUUCCUUCCCUCCCUCCUUCCUUCCUUCCUUUCCUCCUUCCUUUCCUUCCCUCCCUCUUUCCUUCUUUCCUUCUUUCCUUCUUUCCUUCCAUCCUUCCUUCCUUCCUUCCUUUCUUCCUUCCCUACCUCCUUCCUUCCUUCCUUCCUUUCCUCCCUCCUUCCUUCCUUCUUUCCUCCUUCCUUCUUUCAUCGCUCUCUUUCCAUAUUUCUUUUUUCUCUUGCCCUCUUACUCUCCUCUUUCCCUUCCUUUCUUCCUUCGUUCCUCCCCGGUCUCUCUUCCCAUAGCUCUCUUACUACUUCUCUCCCUCUCUCCUUCCCCUCUCUCUGUCUUUUCCAUCUCUCUCCGUCUUUCUCUCACACUUUCACUUCCUGUUUCCUUCCCCCUUCCUUGCUUCCUCAUCUCUCUCAUUCUUUCUUUCCUUCCUCGCCUCCCUCCAUUCUUCCAUUACUUAAAUCCUCUCUUUCUCAUUAUUUGCCUCCCUCUCCUUCCUUGCUCAUUUCUCUCUUUUCCCUUUCUCUCUCUCUCUCUUUCCAUCUCUCACUUUUUUCUUUCUCUCCCCUCUCUCCUCCUUCUGUUCCUUCCUUUCUCACCUCUCUUUAUUCCCAUCGCUUUCACUGUUUCUCCCCCUCUCCCCUUAAAACCCCACACCCAACCUCCCUUCUUCCGUCAUCUUUCUCUCUCACUCUUUCCGCUCCCUUCUUUCCUUCUUUCCUCCCUCUUUCCAUCUCUCUUUUCAUUCCUCUCUCUUUCUCUCUGUGCCAUGUCACUUUUAGUGAGUGGGCGAUCACGUUUAUCCUACUUCUAA